AUGCAGGAACGAGAUAAACCUGCUUUUCGGGAAAGCCUGAGCGAAGCGAAGCUCUGUGACCGCAACGCCGCAGUCUCCGCUUAUUUCGUGGAGCAAGAUUUCCGCCCCUGCGUCCUCUGGGCGCCGCCUCUCAGCCGGGCCCCGGACAGCGGCCGCCCCCAUGCAGGAACGAGGUCCCCGAGCUCACCUGCACACCGCCCCCCCCCCGAGCAGCCCUAUGCAGCCUGGGCGAUGGGGAGCAAGGGCAGCCGAUUAGCAAGACAUCUACAAAAAGAGGCCCAAGCUCAACACAAUAAUUCUGAAUUCACAGAAGAACAAAAGAAAACCAUAGGCAAAAUUGCAGCAUGCUUAGAAUUGCGAAGUGCAGCUUUACAGUCCGCACAGUCCCAAGAAGAAUUUAAACUGGAGGACCUGAAGAAGCUGGAACCAAUCCUAAAGAAUAUUCUUACAUAUAAUAAAGAAUUCCCAUUUGAUGUUCAGCCUGUCCCAUUAAGAAGAAUUUUAGCACCUGGUGAAGAAGAGAAUUUGGAAUUUGAAGAAGAUGAGGAAGAGGGUGGUGCUGGAGCAGGGUCUCCGGAUUCCUUUCCUGCUAGAGUUCCGGGUACUUUAUUACCCAGGUUGCCGUCAGAGCCAGGCAUGACAUUGCUCACCAUCAGAAUUGAGAAAAUUGGGCUGAAAGACGCCGGUCAGUGCAUCGACCCCUAUAUUACAGUCAGCGUAAAGGAUCUGAACGGCAUAGAUUUAACGCCUGUGCAAGAUACACCGGUGGCUUCAAGAAAGGAAGACACGUAUGUUCAUUUCAACGUGGACAUCGAGCUCCAGAAGCACGUGGAAAAGUUGACCAAAGGGGCAGCUAUCUUCUUUGAAUUCAAACACUACAAGCCUAAGAAGAGGUUCACCAGCACCAAGUGCUUCGCUUUCAUGGAGAUGGACGAGAUUAAGCCUGGGCCCAUUGUAAUAGAGCUCUACAAGAAACCCACUGACUUUAAAAGAAAAAAGUUACAGUUACUGACCAAGAAACCACUUUAUCUUCAUCUGCAUCAAACUUUGCACAAGGACUGAUCCUGACCUGAGUAACCUGGAGCUCCUGUGAAUCUUACCAGCCGGAAGCAAGCACCAUCGCCUUGCGGGAUCUUCACUUCCUCAGCAGGGAGUGGGCUGUGCCCACCGAGGUCAGUGAGCUGUGUACAGCUUUCGCAGAGCGGAAGACUCCUUUGGAUGAAGGCCUGUUGUAGGUGUCGGACACGCUUUUUUCUGUUAGUUGUGCAAUUAAGAAUCUGUUUCCUCCAUCCCCUCUGCCCUGCUCUGCUUCCUGCAACAGUGCCGUUGUGGAGGUGUGCUCAGCUCCACACCCCAUGCAGCAGGAAGGGCCUCUCGGUUUCCUCCUCUGCUCCCUUUUGCCCCCGUGUGCGCUCUGGGCUGGAGUGGGCCUCACUCGGGCAGGUGGGCGGGCUGGUGGCUGGCUGUGUGGAGAGGCCUGCCCAGGGGCCUGGACUCUCUUGGCCCAACAGCUCCCCUCCUAAGAACAGUGUGCCUGGCCUGGAACAGUGUCCCCAGGCGGGACAGUGUCCCCAGGUGGUGGCUGCAGUUUUUUUCCAGAUGACCAGAUUGUUUUUCUGAAAAUGAGCAUAUUUUAGUCCUGUUGAUGUGCUGUUCUGCAUCACACUUUUUUUUUUUCUGAUGAUUUUAGAGUUAGCAUUGGAAGCAUCUCAGAAUAAACACAUUUUUAGAUGGGUUUACAAUGUCUUGUAGGUCAUGUCAUCUAAUAAUAAUUGAGUCUGACACUAAUGCAAUAGUGCAGGAGUAACUGCUGUUUUUCUGACAACUGAUUGUGAAACCUUAAAACCUGAAUACCUUUACUUAGAGUGAUGAGUAUGCAAAACCGGCAGACUUUCUAUUUUUUUAAUAUAGGUAGAUAGGAUUGUCUUUUAUUUCCUGUUUAGAUACAUUGGCAUUCAUCCAUGUGAAAACAUGCAGAUCAUUAGCUUAUUAUAAAUUUGAUCAUUUACAUUACUUUUGACUUAAUAAGAGGCAUAAACAACUUUCAUAUCACGAGGUGAAUAUUUGAUACACUCGACAUUAAGAUUUGUGAUGGGCUUUCUGUGGGUUGGAUGUGGAACCCACAUAUUUUAAUGUUCACAUUUUUUUUUUUUUUUUUGGUACCAGAGAGCGAACUCGGGUCCUUGCACUUUUGAGGCAGGCAGUGGUACCACUGAGCUAAAUCCCCAGCCCAGUAUUCACUGUUUUAAACCAACAGUGCAUGAGGGAGUAGUGCCAGCUUCUACUUAGCUGGUGUAAUAGCCUAGGUAUAGCAUUCAGUAUGUUUGCUUUUCAGUAAGUGACCACAGUGAAGCUGUGUUAACCCUUGCACUUCAGGAGAUCUAG